AUGCCUUGUCUUCCAGCAAUCCGUGCUGUCUACCAGAACCUCAACUGUCUCUCUUCUUCUGGCCAAAUGCACGAUGCUCCGGAAGUUGCUUGGUUGCUCGCUCAACGACAUGAGCGCCAGGGAAAGCCAGCGCUUACCAAGGGAAAGAACCCUGUCGCGUCCCUCUACCGAAUGUACGAGUACCUCGUCGUUGGAUAUACCGCCGGGCUUCGCUCUGAGAUGGAGUACUUCUUCAAACAAUCUACAUGGUCUGUGAAGGCUAUCCCGGAUCCUGAAGAUACAGACCCAGCCCGCUAUGCGAUCCUUGCUGUUCUCACCCACUACCUCGCAAAGGUCUUCAACCGACUCAUUGAAAGAGGCUUACCACGGGGAUGUCCUGCGAUCAUUGCUGGUGCAGAAGCCGAGGCGGAACUGCGUGCCCGUGAAGUAGUUCUUGAACUUCAACCAUCCUGGGCCAAGGCUGUGCGUCGUCUGGAUGAGCCGAUCACCAUCCCAAACUCUUCUGGUGAAACGCCAGAGGACAGGUUCCGAAGCGCCGAGUUUCUGGCUAUGAACAUAAUUGUUACUGAGCCACAUGUGGCCUUUGUUUAG